AUUCAUCCACGUGUUACCAAUGUUGUCAAGAUGGACGUCCUCGGGUUACAUCACCAUUCGUCUGUUUCUGGUAAAAUUUUCCCGAUUUUUCGAAUUUCGCGUUUUGCUUUUAUAAGUCGUUGUUGGGCAACUUCAAGUUCUAGCUCUACAGCUAAUAAUAAGGGUGAGGACGGUCCAAGUGAAUCACUCCAGGAAAGUGCCAAGGGUCCAAGGGAUGAGCACGAUAUUCCGCCUCCUGAAAAAUUAAGCUUGUAUGAAUACGUAAAGAUACUAGAAGGAACCUUAGCACGUGGAAAAGGCACCAUUUUAAAAGCUUGGUCAAGCCUUAUUGCCCGGCAUUUAAAGCACAAGAAGUUGAACAUUACCGCAGCGUUACAGCCCGAAUCACCGCGGAUUGUUGGUCUGACAGCACAACUUGUUGAAGAAAGAUUGAAUUUCUUGGCUCAAAUAGGAAUAAAGGGAAGGGAUGCGGUGGUAAUAGCUAUGGAAUUUCCAGCUAUCCUCUCCUGGGAUUCACCCAGCUUCACCGUGAUGCUGAGACUCCUCAAAGAUUUGAACUGCGACAUUAUUAGGUUAAUGUGUAAAAGCCCAUAUGUGUUUGGUUUCGAGCACGGCAGAGCAACAGAGAACAUCCACAAACUUGAAACUGUGGGGCUGUCAAAAGAUACAAUUGGGAAGCUUGUUUCGGUUAAUCCUUUGAUUCUGACCUUCCCAUUAAGGGAUGAUGCCUUGGAAGUAAUCGGACUUUUGUUGGACGCUCACAACAGCAUUCAGUCAAAUGGUGUUGAUAAUGGAGAUAUGAAAGAGGACGAGGCAGUUCUAAACUUGCUCCUUCAGUCGUUAGAAAAACUUAAAGAGCAAGUCAAUUUGACUGAUAAUUUUAAGCGACUUGUUAUUUUUUUUCAAGAAAUGCAAGUGUCACCUUUAGUCAUUGGCGUCAAGAGUCCAGCAAUCUUCAAUACUGACAUUGAGAGAUUAACUAGUGCAGUAGAGUUUUUCAGAAGCAAACCCCUCUUGCUGGAAAUGGAUGUCAUUCAACACCUUCUCAUUUCAAGAACUGAGAUCUUUGUAAAUUUUAACUUUGAAGCAAUGACAAAUAGGGUUCAACUGAUUUAUGAUGUUGUCCAAAGUCCAACAGUGCUAUAUAAUUUGGCCCAAACAAAAUUUUUGUUUGAUAAUAACAAUGCGACAAUCAAGGAGCUCAUCCUGUGGUUUCAAAGUAAAGGUGUUGAUGACAAAGAGAUAGCAAACCUGGUGACUGCAAGGAAUUUCUUUUCUCUUAAAAAGAGAGAAUUGACUGAGAGACUUAAAUAUCUAUUGUCAAUUGAAGGAGUGAAGAUGGAAGACAUUAAGAAAAGCCCCUCGUGCCUUUUGAAGCCUCUGUCUCAUCUGAAAGCAAGAGUUGAGUUCUUGAAAGCAAACAAACCUGAUGGUUUCAAUGAAGGUGACCUUUGUCGUAUGAUGACACACAGAGAUGAACACUUUGCUACUGAGAUUUGUGGAUCAACGUUGUCAAACUUCACUGAGUUUAUGCAAUCAAACCAAGCAUGAGAUAUAACAGAAAGCCCUUAUACAUUCAGUGUCGAGAGCACCCAGAACAUAAGCACACACUGUAGGUUAUUGGUAAUGCAAGCUACAUGUACUAGGAAAAAGUUAUCAAAGUGCUUCCAAGCAGAGUGGAUUGAAUAUGACCUUCUACAUGUGUACAUGGCUCUAAUGAGCAAGCUACUAGGAAAAAGUUAUCAAAGUGCUUCCAAGCAGAGUGGAUUGAAUAUCACCUUCUACUUUUAUGUACAUGGCUCUAAGGAGCUGAUUGUAGACUUACGCUACGAAAGACUUAGCCUGCAAACAAGCUCCAACUCUUUGACUGUGAAGAAAGCUUGAUUACAGUGAUUAGGAGACUAGCCCAGGGAGGGACUCCCAUAUAAAAUCGGUGGGGGUGCUCAUCAUACCUUUCUUUAAAGGCUGAUGUGGCUUCCUCUUUAAAUAUUGUAAUUCUUUGCAGUGUUAUAAAAGCGGGUGUGGUCCACAGGAGCCUUCGCAGUCACUGUCAGUUUUAUUUUGUUGUUUUAGAAUUGGCACCUCUUGAAAGGGAUGAAUAAAAUUUCAAGCCACAUAUACAAAACAGAUGUUGAGACCUCUUAGGGGUUCUUUCCAGAAUUCCUGGCAAGCACCCUAUCCCUUGUUAUAUGGGAGUUCUCCCCCCCGGAGACUUGGCCAUAUGCAAUGUAAAUGCAACUUGGUUCAAAAUUGACUCCUAUUGUUACUUUCUGCUGUUGCUUCUUUCAAAAGCCAAGAUGUGUUCCAUUUGCGGGUCAAUUGAGUUUUGAUUAUGAACUCAAAGGAAUCAGGUUUUCUCCUUUGUACAGAAAUGAAAACAAUGACAUUGUUGAAACAAUAACAUAGUCAGUGCAGAGUAAUAUAUUAUUCUUGCAACAAUGAGCAUCAAAUCAACCCUGUAUUGUGGUACAGAGCCUAAUAAUUAAAGUCACAUUUUGUUUGAGGUUGCAGAUGGAAUGGAUUAAUUUUAUUGAGGGGUGGGAGGAGAGGUGGCUGAAUUUUUGUUUACCACUGAAUUCUCCCCCCAGUGUUGAUGAUGGUAAGCCAUACUUGUAUUCUGGGUAUAGGACUUGAACUAGCUUGCAACUGAGGCUACGGCAGGGAAUCUUUCAAAUGUAAAUGACAUAAAUCUCUUUUUAAUGAUAUUCUCCCCACGAGUGUCCAUUGCAAGCUAGUUCCAGUGCAAGACUGUGAAUAAGAAUUUGGCCUAUUGUUGCUAAAGUGUUCAGUUUGUCCUGGGUGAACUGACAUUUUGUCAACCUUAGUAGAAGUGAUCUUCAGAGUCAAAAAUUAUUUCACUUGACUCUGAAAAACAGUUCUGCCCUGCUUGACUAACAACAGGCCU